AUGGCUCCACAACACUUUUCUAACAUACUUUUAAUACUCUUACUAGCUUCUUCAUUCAUUUCUGCUCAUUCAUCAACAAGAAGAAUAUUGAAACUAGACAUUAAUGAUGAUGAUUCUCUUCAACCAAUUAAGAAGAAAUCCAUUUCAAUCAAUCCUCAACCAAUCAAGAAGAAAUCCAAUUCAAAUUCACUUUCCAGUUCCAACAAUCAAACCAAACUCAUCAAAUCCACUACUGCCUCUUCCAAGAACCAAACAAAACUUUCUUUAUCUGAUUCAGUUUCUGUUUCUACCAAGAACAAAACCAAACUCACCCCAGAAGAGAAACUUGCACUAAAAUCCCAAUUGAAAAAACUCAAUUCCACUUCCACCAAAUCCUCAGAUCUAUCCAAAAUCACCUCUUCUUUGCCCAAGAACAAAACAACCACCACAAAUGAAUCCAAAUCCAAAAACCCAACAAAAUCCCAAUCAUCUCCAAACAAAACUACAAAGAAAGCAACAACACAGAAGCCCUAUUGGCUAAAAAAUGAUGAAGAUGACUUAAUCUCUGAUCUUACUGACUUACCAUCAAAAUUCCAAGAAACCCUUUUACCAGAUUUAGAAAAAAUCUCAAAAACCUCAAAAGUCUACCUCAACAAAGCCAACAAACAAAUCACCAACAACUUCAAACCCAUUGUAGGCAACAAAUAUGCAUCCACAAUAGCCUCAAUAACUUCAUUCACCUUCAUUCUAAUCCCUCUAGUUCUUGUCUCCCUCAUUUUCAACAAAAUCAAAGCUUAUUUUUCACUCCAAAGACUCUUAAUCUUCAUCCAAGUUUAUCUCUCAAUUUACUUCUCCAUUCUCUGCCUUUCUUCUCUACUCACUGGGUUAGAACCGCUGAAGUUUUUCUACGCUACAUCGCAGUCCACCUACAUUUGCCUACAGCUCCUUCAAACUCUCGCUUAUGUGUUGUACCUUUUGAUGCUAUUGAUGUACCUCGUCUUAGUAUUCUCAACGGAUACUGGGCCGGUUACGAAAAUGAUUGGGCUGACCCAAACUUUUGUGGGCUUUGCUGUUGGGCUUCAUUAUUAUAUGACGGUGUUUCAUAAGGCUGUGCUACGUCAGCCUCCUAAGACUAGUUGGAGAAUUCAUGCUAUUUAUGCCACGUGUUUUCUUUUGAUAUGUCUCUUAAAUAGAGCUGAAAAAAUGAAGAAAACUUACUUACAAGAAGGUGGUGAAGAGGGUAAAAUGAACUAGAAGUUUUUCUUUUUUUUUUAAU